AUGGCUGGAAACUCGAACUCCUACCCGAUAUCCUCGAAUUCACGUUCCAAGUUGAAUGCCUUCCGGUUCAACAAUCAACAUACGAACAAUGGAGGAAAGUCGCCCGCGAAGUCGCCAUUAAGGGCAGGUCACGAAGACAAAGAAAACCAAUCUUCAUGGUUGAACGGAGUGGUCAAACCACUACAAUCAGAACCAGGAAAAGAAGAGCCUUCUGGCGAAGCGAACGAGCCGAAACUAGCCAAAGAGUGUCCUCAGACGCCAGGGAACAGGAUACCCCUGGCAGACCUGAUUAGCAAUGCAGAAGAUGCAUUCAACCGAGCACCGGGACAAGAAUACACGCCAGAAGAUCAUGUUAUCUGGCAGCAUGUACCUGCGAGCUCGAACCCGGACACACUCUCUCAACCUUCCGCAACGAGAAAGAGACGGCGUCACAGCUCAUCCCCGACCAGCUCUCCACUAGGUAGAAGCAAGGGUGAACGGAAACGGUCCUUUGAUAUGCAAUCCUUCCAAGCGCUCCUCAAAACACCUCAGAGCGAUCUCGCAACAGACCUGUGGAACAAUUACCUGGGCAAGGCUUCGAUCAAUCCAGAGGAAAGCUUUCCUCCUCCUCGCCUAGCUAAUCUUCUCUCGUCUUCACCCCAGACUCCUGCCACGGCCGGCACCAGUAGGGAUUCGUCUGGUUUGAGGAGACUCAACUUCCUGUUGGAAAAGAUUGAGAGAAGCUUGCAGAAGCCCUCUGUCGCUCCAGCAGAAAUGUCGGAUUCUUCGCCCGUGCCGAAACGCAAGCAAGUGCGAUGGAGCCGAUCGAAUUCUCCUAUCGAGAGAAAGGCCGCCGCGCAAAUUCCAGAGCAAGGCAUUGAGUAUGACGACGGGGUUGCUCACCCACUUGUACAACCAAACGAAGCCGAAGGCGUAGGAGCCUCUUCAUCUGAUUUCGGUGAUGAUGACUUGGAUGAGGACUUUCUCACCUUGGCCGAAGCGUCUGAGGAUCCAUUCCUUGAACCAACCCGGCCCAACAACUAUACGAAUCCAAUGAACGUCGAAGCCCCUGACGAAUCUACUAUGGAGCAGCCUCGACGUCAACUUAGUACUUUGGGGGACUCGAACCAUAGCGCAGGAGCUCCUGAUUUGGGCAACCGGAAGCUCAGUGUCGACAAAGCUGUGAACAGUGACGAAUUCGACGAUGACUUCGACGAUAUAGAGGACCUUCUUGCCGAAUGCGAUGAGACGAAUACGAAACGACCAUCUGAAACAGAAGGAUUUAACGGCACUUCCAAGAGGAGUUUGGAAACAUCCUCUGGUGACGAGUUUGAUGAUGACGACUUUGACGUGGAAGCUAUCGAGCAGUCUAUGGAGCCAGGUAGAAAUGGACCAGUCAACAACUCUACAGACCGACAAGCUAUCAAACGAUAUUUGAUUGUUGAUAUUGCAGAGAAUACGUAUAUCACUCAAAAAGGUCGCACUCAGCCAGAGCAGGUGCUGUUGGUUCAGGAUGAAAGAACUAAAAACAAAAAGGCAGUAAUCUUGCGAGAGUCUUGGUUCGACAGCCCAUGCAGUAAGGGUGCAUAUAUUCACCUGACCGGCGAUUUCGAUGCAGCAGGGCAAUGCAUUGUCGAUGAUGCCCAUAAUAUGAUUAUACUUCAUCCAGAUCACCUAGUAUCUGCGACCGUUGUUGCAGACUCGAUCGGUUGCCAACGAAGAGCAGUUCUCCAGGACCGUAUCAAGAAUUCAAGCGACAUUAGCAAGCCUCAAGUGUUCGGAAAUAUCUUUCAUGAGCUCUUUCAGGAAGCUAUGAAAAUCAACAAAUGGGAUCUGAGCUCUUUGAGGGCUUUAGUGGAAGCUAUUCUUGUCAGACACGUUGAAGACUUAUACUUGAUCCAAAUGAGCAUUCCGGAAGCCGUCGAGUACAUGAUGAGCAGAGUCCCAGCUCUGAAAGCCUGGGCAGAGGUCUUCCUUCGGCCCACUCCGAGUGCCGAAUCCGUUGUUGAAGACCGGCAUAGCUCCAAGAUCAAUCUGAGCAUCAAUAAGCUGCUUGAGGUGGAGGAACACAUAUGGUCUCCGAUGUAUGGACUCAAAGGCAAUAUUGAUGCUACAGUCCAAGUUGCAUGCAAUGAUGGGGAGGGCAACAGAAAUCUUGUUGUCCCUCUGGAGCUCAAGACGGGCAACAGAGAUACAAAUCAGGCACACAGGGCUCAGACUGCCCUUUAUACCUUGUUGCUUUCUGAUCGCUACGGUAAGCUUUCCAGCCGCAAUUAUGCUCCGGACUUUGUCUCACUGAUUGUACGUUUUCAAGACGUUGACGUAACCUUCGGUCUGCUUUACUAUCUUGAGAUAUCGAAGAUAUUCCGCAUCCGUGGUGUCAGACAUGAGCUCUUGCAAAUGAUCCAGGAACGUAACCGGCUGGCGGGUUUUGUCCGUGAAAGACACCGACUUCCACCGAUGGUGAAGAAACCGGGCAUGUGCAACAGAUGUUACUCAAAGACGCCUUGCUUGAUCUAUCAUAAGCUUGCGGACGACGGAGAUGGCGAAACUAGCGGACUUGGCGAUGAAUUCGUCAAGGCUAUGGACUAUUUGACGCCCCAGCAUCGAGACUUUUUUAAGAAAUGGGACGAUUUGCUGACGAAGGAGGAACAGAGCAUGAUGCGAUUCAAGCGAGAACUCUGGACUUUGUUGAGCAGUGAGCGAGAGGCUCUCGGGCGUUGCUUCGGGAAUGUCGUGAUUCAACCAGGGUCCGCAUACGAGGACAAAGAGAGCACAAAGAUUAAUCGCUUCAGAUAUACCUUUGUCAAGAAGCAUCCUUUGCCUUCGUUCUCUUUCACUGAAUCGCAACUGACAGUGGGAGAGCCGAUUGUUGUAUCUGAUGAGAAAGGUCACUUUGCGCUCGCCAACGGAUACGUUGUGCAAGUCAGCCCAAAGCACAUAAUGGUCGCAGUCGAUCGGAGAUUGCACAAUACAAGAACAAAGACAAAGGGAUUUGAUGCUAACAAGAACCAAUCAUUCCGAGGCAUCACGGAAGUGCUGGAAGAUAGCUCCUUCCCUUCAACUACUUCUAACGAGCCGGAGGAGGAGAUUCUUUACCGACUGGAUAAGGACGAAUUCAGCAACGGCAUGGCGAUUGUUCGAAACAAUCUCAUUUGCAUGAUGGAAAAGGACCUAUUUCAAGCGAAUCGGCUCAGAAAACUCAUUGUUGAGGGAGAAACACCCAUUUUCAAGCCGUCACCAUCAGCUUUUCCGUUGUCUGACUCCGCCAAAGCAAGCCUAAAUGUCGAUCAGAAAAGAGCCAUAGACAAGGUCAUGAGUGCGCGAGAUUAUGCGCUAGUUCUUGGUAUGCCCGGCACAGGAAAGACGACAACCAUUGCCCAUAUCAUUCGAGCAUUGGUGGCGCAAGGAAAGAGUGUUCUCCUGACCUCGUACACGCACACCGCAGUCGAUAAUAUCCUACUAAAGAUCCGAGACGACAAUUUCCGCAUUCUGCGGAUAGGAGCUACUGCAAAGGUGCAUCCUGAAGUACAGCAAUUUGUCGAUCUUGCGGCGGUCCCUAAGUCCACCGUCGAAGAGCUGAAAGCAUCCUAUGAAGAGUCACAAGUAGUCGCGACGACUUGUCUUGGGGUCAACCACAAUAUCUUCAAUAGACGCAUAUUCGACUAUUGCAUUGUUGACGAGGCCUCGCAAAUCACUCUUCCGGUAUGCUUAGGGCCGAUCCGAAUGGCGCGCACAUUCAUUCUCGUUGGGGACCAUUACCAAUUGCCACCUUUGGUGCAGAACAAGGAAGCCCAAGAGGGAGGACUCGAUGUCAGUCUGUUCAAGCUCCUUUCCGACGCACAUCCUGAGUCGGUGGUCAAUCUUGAGCACCAAUAUCGCAUGUGCGAGGAUAUUAUGGUCCUUUCCAACAAUCUUAUCUACUCGGGACGUCUGAAAUGUGGAACUCCUGCGGUUGCAUCGCGCUCCUUGGAUCUGCCCAACAUUGGCGGUCUCAAGCUGCAUCACAUCAAUCAACUACCGCAGUCACCAAAUCAACGGCAAUUUUGUUUGGGGGCGAACCAGGGCCGCUGCUGGCUACGGGACGUGCUUGAUCCGUCUGCAAAGAACCGUUUUAUCAACACAGACACGCUUGGGAUCCCAGCCCGAGAUGUGGCAAACGGCGCUAGGAUUGUAAAUCCAACUGAGUCUUCUAUUUGCGCACAGCUCGUAGAGUCAUUGGUUUCGUGCGGCAUCCCAGCACGUAACAUUGGCGUUAUCACAUUCUACCGCAGCCAGCUCUCCCUGUUGAAGCAGAAUCUUCGUCGAUACCUACCGGAGCUUGAAAUGCAUACAGCAGACAAAUUCCAAGGCCGAGAUAAGGAAGUCGUGUUACUAAGCUGCGUUCGGAGCAACACCGACAAUAACGUUGGCGAUCUUCUCCGAGACUGGAGACGGAUCAACGUCGCCUUUACGCGUGCGCGGACAAAGUUGCUCGUUAUUGGAAGCAAGAGCACUCUGCGAGACGGUAAUGACCUGCUUCGCAAAUACAUAAGCAUGGUGGAAGAACGAAGAUGGGUAUAUGAUUUGCCCAAAGGUGUUUUGGAAACCCACAUCUUCAACUGCGACGUGAGCUUUACUCCAUCACUCGAUGGAGAUAAAUCACCAGCCAAGGGGAGCAGAAGUCUCGCAAAGACUUCUCCUUCGCCAAAAGCAUCUCGCAAUCCUCUCAGCCCAAUACAGGGCCAACCAACGCAUCGAGGUCUCAAGAAACCCGCUAAGAAAGGGGCCAAACUUCUAAGCGGGAAUAAGGUCAUUGGGAAUAGACCUGUGUUACAGGACGUGGUAAAUGAACUCUUUGGUUAA